AUGGGCGACUGGAGCUUUCUGGGGCGGCUGCUGGAGAACGCUCAGGAGCACUCGACGGUCAUCGGCAAAGUCUGGCUGACCGUCCUCUUCAUCUUCAGGAUCCUGGUGCUGGGGGCCGCGGCCGAGGAGGUGUGGGGCGACGAGCAGUCCGACUUCACCUGCAACACGCAGCAGCCCGGCUGCGAGAACGUCUGCUACGACGAGGCCUUCCCCAUCUCGCACAUCCGCUUCUGGGUGCUGCAGAUCAUCUUCGUGUCCACGCCGACCCUCAUCUACCUGGGCCAUGUGCUGCACAUCGUCCGCAUGGAGGAGAAGCGGAAAGAGAAGGAGGACGAUUCGCACAAAGCACACCGGUUUCAGGAGGAGAAAGAACUCCUUUAUAGAAACGGAGGAGGAGGAGGAGGGGGAGGUGGCGGCGGCAAGAAGGAGAAGCGGCCGAUCAGGGACGAGCACGGAAAAAUCCGUAUCAGAGGCGCGUUGCUGCGUACUUAUGUGUUCAACAUUAUUUUCAAGACCCUGUUUGAAGUGGGAUUCAUUUUGGGCCAGUAUUUCCUCUACGGCUUCCAGCUGAGGCCCCUGUACAAGUGUGCGCGUUGGCCCUGCCCCAACACCGUGGACUGCUUCAUAUCCAGGCCCACGGAAAAGACUAUUUUUAUUAUAUUUAUGCUUGUGGUGGCUUGCGUGUCUCUUUUGCUGAAUUUGUUAGAGAUCUAUCACCUUGGAUGGAAGAAAGUUAAACAGGGCAUGAGGAAAGAGGCAGCCCCUGACCGAAAGUCGCUGCGCAGCGUCAACAUCGCCGAGCCCAAGUGUUUGCCCUCGGCCUCCAGAACUGCCCCCUCCAGCCUCAGCUACCCCCCCAACUACACGGAUGUGACGGGGGGCAGCUGUGCCUUCUUGGGUCCGGCGGCCGUGCCCUCAGCGGAGGAGUUCAAGAUGGAGGAGCUCCAGCAGGAGGAGCCCUCCCCCUCCUCCCACUACUACAUCAGCAACAACAACAACCACAGGCUGGCCGCGCAGCAGAACUGGGCCAACCUGGCCACCGAGCAGCAGACUCUGGAGAUGAAGGCCACGUCCCCCUCCCCAUCCUCCUCUUCCUCUUCCUCCAUUGACAAGGAGCAGCAGCAGAGUGUGGACGCAGCUCUGCUUCCUCCAGCCAGUAACACCACCAGUAAAUCCAACAUCCACAACUCCACCGCCGCCUCCUCCUCCAGCAUUAGCCAGGGCACGGUGUCCAACGCUGGCAGCUGGAGCGGCGGGGGGAGGAGCGAUCAGGAGGAGGGGUCCGUCACCACCACCACUGUGGAGAUGCACGAGCCCCCAGUGAUGGUCACAGACCCCCGGCGGCUCAGUCGGGCCAGCAAGAGCAGCAGCAUCCGGGCCCGGCCGAGCGACCUGGCCAUCUAAACCUCCCCCUCCCUUUCAUGUCCCUGAAACCCUCCUUUUCCUCCAAACCCCCAAAAUACAGUGAUUCUCAGAGAUAGAAAUCCCACACCUGCAAAAGAAAACACACAAAAAAACGGAAAACCAAAAGAAGGCGAGGUGACAGAAGACAGGGAAGCAGAAAAAAGGUUUAAUGUGAAAUGACUUGACCAGCAGCAGCAGUCGUUGAUUUAGUGCAAUCGGUGAGUUGCAGAGUAGGUUUUUUUUUUUUGGAUUGUCUUAAUUUAUGCACAUUAAAUGUGACCAUGCAGUGCUUAUGAAGUCAGAAGGCUCAGCUCACAGGGAUUGGUGGAGCGAAAGACAUUGUGAUGUCAUAGUUUUGCAUCAAAAUGGACACAUCUCACCAACGUGUUUGGUUUGGGGGGGGGGAAGAUCUCAUGGAGUUUCUCUAUUUCCUUUUUUCCUUUCUUUUUUGUUGAGCCCAAAGGACUACAAAUGAAAAUGAUCAUUUGUCAAAAACAAUGACUGGAUAUUUUUUUUUUAUCUGGAGGAGGCACAGGUCGCUGGCAUUGUUGUACAGAUAAGUAAUUCCAUGUGUCGCCAGACAAUUUGCUUAUAAAGCUUGUUCUUCAUUUUCCUCUGGUUUCACAGUUUAAUCUGCAGCAGACUGCCUGGUCCAGCGUUUGUCUUUGACCUAGAAGGUCUUUUGCCCACGCACGAAGAAAUAUCAUCAGCAAACAUUACAUGUGUUGUGU